AUGUCGAGGCGGACGUCAUUUGUGGGAUCUAUGCGCUCAAUGGGGAGCACAAGUUAUUUGGAAGACAUCAAGCACGAGGUUAUGGUUAACUUCCUUUUCCAGCAACAAUGUGGAAAGCUGUGGGUUGGAGAUGCUAGUGGGGAACUAGAGGGUGUUCUUCUCCGGAAAAGGAAAGGGACCUACAUGUCAUGCCCUCCAGCAUUGAUUCAGUCCCCUUUAGCCUAUUAUUGCUCACAACUCAACUUUCAGGUUGCUAUGACAGUAAACUCUCGCAUUAUCCGCACAUUCCUCCAAUGGGCACCAGAUGUUACUGAUGUUCCACUUAUGAAUGGCCUCCGCGUCCAGAUUCUACCGACCGUGGACGACCUACCAAAAGCGAGGAAGAACCAAUUUGCCGCAUUCCUUGCCGCAGAAGCCCUCCUCAUUGUUUGGGAUGACGAACCUACUAACAUCAUAUCUCGCGCCCAAGCUAUCGAGGAUGAAUUAAUGGAGCUUGUUUGGAGGACCGGUGAACCAGACGAUGAAGAGGAGAUAUCAGAGAAGAAGAAAGUUUCUACCGUGGUCGAGACUGAGAUUGACGAGGAGAAUGGAGAGGUCAAGCCUGAGAAUCGACCAACAAACCUGAUGAACGCGAUGCUCGUAAGCGUCACAUUACUUCUCGUUAUCCUUAUGUUAGGCGCUGGGUUCCGGCAGAUUGCCAUAGAAAUUUCGGUCGACAAAGGCUAUGCUCGUAUGGCUUUCCUGGCAUUAAUACCUGUUCAGAUUUUCUUCACCUUAUUUUUCGCCCAAGUCAUUGUAGGUUGUAUUGCUCAAUGCAUCGGCCCAAUCCGUCAAAUGACACAGAACUCUCGGUACUACUCCGCCAAACUCCCUCGCCGACUGAACGACGGUACCCUACCACACAUCACCAUUCAAUGCCCAGUCUACAAGGAAGGCCUUUCAUCCGUCAUUGCCCCGACUAUUAAAUCCAUCAAGCAAGCUAUGUCGACAUACGAGCUCCAAGGCGGUUCCACAAACAUGUUUAUCAAUGACGACGGUCUCCAAAUCAUUGACGAGGAGGACCGCAAAGCCCGGAUCGAAUUCUACGCUGAUCAUGGUAUUGGGUGGACUGCUAGACCUCAGCAUGGCUCAGAUGGGUUUAUCCGGAAAGGGAAGUUCAAGAAGGCUUCGAAUAUGAACUUUGGGCUUAUGCUGUCUAAUAACAUUGAAGCGAAGCUUGCGGAGAUUGCUCGUGAUGAGAGUUGGAACCAGAAUGAUGAGGCGGAGGCGUAUGAGAGGUGUCUUAAGGAGGUUUUGGAGGAGAAUGGGAGGGCUUGGGCGGAUGGGAAUAUUCGUGUGGGUGAUUAUAUUCUCUUAAUUGAUUCUGAUACUCGUGUUCCAACCGACUGUCUGCUUGAUGCGGCUAGCGAGAUGGAGCAGUCUCCUGAAGUUGGCAUCCUGCAGUUUUCUUCUGGUGUUAUGCAGGUCGCGCACACUUACUUCGAGAACGGUAUUACGUUCUUCACGAAUCUCAUCUACACUGCUAUCAAAUAUACCGUGUCCAAUGGCGAUGUCGCUCCAUUCGUCGGCCACAACGCUAUCCUUCGCUGGUCCGCCAUUCAACAAGUAUCUUUCUUCGAUGAGGAUGGCUACGAGAAAUUCUGGUCCGAAUGUCACGUCUCGGAGGACUUCGACAUGUCUCUCCGCCUGCAAGUUAACGGCUACAUCAUCCGCCUCGCCGCCUGGGCUGGCGAAGGCUUCAAAGAAGGUGUAUCCCUCACUGUCUAUGAUGAGCUUGCACGCUGGGAAAAAUACGCGUAUGGCUGCAACGAGCUGUUAUUCCACCCCAUCCGCUUCUGGCCAAUUCGUGGCCCCUUCACUGGACUCUUUCGUCGCUUCCUCUUCUCUAACAUGCAGUUCACCUCCAAAAUUACAAUCAUAUCGUACAUAGGCACGUACUACGCUAUUGGCGCUGCCUGGACCAUGACAACCGUUAAUUAUUUCGCCGUCGGCUGGUUCAACAGCUACCUUGACAAAUACUACAUCGACAGUUGGAGGGUAUGGUUCUCUAUCGUCAUCGUCUUCAGCGGCCUCGGCAACAUUGCGCUCGCCAUAAUGCGAUACCGCAUCGGCCAAAAAUCCUUCCUCUCCGCGCUCAUCGAGAACUUCAAAUGGAUCCUCAUGCUCGCCAUCUUCCUCGGUGGCCUCUCACUUCACGUUUCCCAGGCGCUUCUCGCGCACAUGUUCGAGAUCGACAUGACUUGGGGUGCAACAUCCAAAGAAGCAGAGUUCUCGAGCUUCUUUAUCGAGGUACCGAAGGUGCUGAAGAAGUUUAGAUUUAGUAUCGCGUUUGCAGUGAUUGGGAUUUCCGGAAUGGUUAUUUUAGCGACAGCAAAUUUUAUCCCGUAUUCGUGGCAUAUUAGGGAUUUUGUGGCCAUUUUGCCAAUGGCGACGGUGACGGCGAGUCAUUUGCUGUUGCCGAUCGUGUUGAAUCCUGCAUUGAUGACUUUCUCGUGGUAA